UUAUCAUAUCGUAAUCAUAUAUGAUUUCAUAAUGAAAUGUUUUGGCACAUCGAACAAAGUAUAUCGUUGCAAAAUUGUUUUGCUCGAUGAAACCGAAUUGAUACAAGAAAUAAAGGAAUCUCAAAAAGGCCAAGAUAUAUUGGAUAUCGUAUUCAAACAUCUUGAUCUCCUUGAAACCGUUUAUUUUGGAUUACGUUUUAUUGAUUCAAAAGGAUUUUCUAAUUGGCUUGAACCAAAUAAAAAUGCCAUCAAACAGGUGAAAGAGAUUGAACCAAUCACGUUAUAUUUUGGUGUAAAAUUUUAUUCAUCUGAUCCAUGUAAAUUACGUGAAGAAUGUACUAGAUAUCAAUUUUUUCUUCAAAUCAAACAAGAUAUACAACAAUCACGAUUACCGGUAACCAAUGAAUUGGCUGCACAGUUAUUAGCAUUUAUUAUACAAUCUGAACUUGGCGAUUAUGAUCCAAAAAUUCAUCAAUUUGGUUAUGUAUCGGAAUUCUGUUGGAUCGAAAAUCAAUCAUUAGAUUUUGAGAAUAAAGUUUGUGAUUUACAUAAAAAAUUAAUUGGACAAAUUCCAACAGCUGUUGAAAUGCAAUUUCUUGAACGAGUUAAAUGGCUUGAUCUUUAUGGUUGUGAAUUACAUUCGGUUAUGGCUGAAGAUCGUUAUGAAUAUUAUCUAGGUCUUGGACCACAUGGAAUAAUUGUAUUGAAGAAUAAACUGAAAAUUGCCUAUUAUUAUUGGCCACGAAUAAUUAAAAUAUGGCGUAAAGGAAAAUUUUUCAUGAUUAAAGUGAUUGAUAAAAAUAAUGUAGAUAAAACCUAUGGUUUUGAAAUGUAUGAUCGACCAUCAACAAAUCGUAUAUAUAAAAGUUGUAAAGAUCAUAAAGAAUUUUUUAAAUUAUCACAAUCAAUAAGAAUGCAACCAUCUUAUUUAUUAAGUCAUAUAAAUGAUGGUAAUAAAUUGUCAUCAUCAUCAUUGUCUAAUGGAGCCAUACGAAUGAUAAAUCAAGAUUUUAAUCGGCCAAAUCCUUCAUUGAUAAGAGUUUCAAGUAGACGUUUUCGACGUACUGGUGUACCGGAUGGUUCAGAAAAUUCAGAUUCAAAGCUUAAUAAUAAAAAUGGACAAUUUUAUGAAGGUGGUGGUGUUGGUGGUGGUGGUGGUAUUAGUGGCAGCAACAAUAAUAAAUGUUUACAACCGAUUUGUCGUUUUAAUUCAACACCAUCAAUUCCAAAAGCUGAAUACGGUGCCAUAAAUCCGUAUCAUAAAUCUGAAAGUGGACUUUUUUCCAAAUCGGCCAGUGCAUCACCAUUGUCCGUUCGUAGUGCAUUUGUAGCACGUUAUGAUUAUGGCCGUAUGAAUUAUGUUUCACCAAUGAAACGUAAUGCAUCAUCAACUAGUUUACGUCGUAAUCGAUCAUCAAGAUCAGCCGAUAAUGAUAGUGAAAUUAGUCGUUAUUCAAGACAUUCAUCAUCAAAAGUAAUGGCAAUACAUUCAUCAUCGAUUCAUAAUAAUGGUAUAGGCAUUGGUGGUGGUUGUUCUUCCGACAUAAAUGACGGUAGUGGCUAUAUGCCACGAUCAAGAAGAAAAUAUUACAUUGAACCACGUAUGGUUGAAUGGGAUGAAACAAUGGAUAGACGUAAUAAUUAUUCAACAAUGCCAACAACGUCUACAAUGGCAAAACAAUGUUCAAAUGCAGUGGUUAGAAAUGUAAAUAAAAUUAUCUAUCAAUCAUCUAAUCAUAAUCAUCAUCAUCAUCAUCAUGAUAGUGAUUCGGAAACGGAAGAUCGACGACGAUAUAUGCAGCCAUCAUCACCAACACCAUUACAUCAUCGUAGUAAUCGAAGUUUGAAUCGAAAAUCUACUGUACCAACUGAAAUACAGAAAUAUAUUUUUCAUGAACCAAUCGAUACAACAGGUUAUACUGAAGCGGAGAAGAAAAAUAUUCAAUUUACAAAAAUUCGUACCGAGCCACAAUUAUCAAAAUCAAAAUAUCAGCAACAACAACAACAACAACAAUCAUCAAAAUCAGAUGUUGAAUAUUAUCUAGGUAAUCGUAUAACAAAUCGUUAUGAUAAAAUGAACAAUCCCAAUUUUAUGGACAGAAAACCAAUGAUGAAUCUGAAUCGAAUAAUGGAUGUACAUCAACAGCAACACUCACCUACACAGAUUAUGAAUGUUGGGAUGGCCACCGAUAAUAGUAAUAGUAAAAUCUAUUAUGAUAAAUCCAAUGUAAAUGAAUCGCAUAACAAUCAUCAUCAUUCAUCCAAUAUUAUGGCCGUUACAACGCCACCUACACGUUAUUAUUUUGAUCAAAGAAAUCUGGUCAAUGGUCAUCAUUAUCCACAACAACAACAACAGCAGCAGCAGCAUCAGCAACAACAACAACAACAAAAUUCAAAUUCAUCAUCAUCACCACGAGUUACAUUUCUACCAUCACAUAGUACGGCAUAUUAUUCAAAUAAUGAUGAUUAUAAAAUGACAGCUGCUGCAACAACAACAACAACAAUAACAAAAGGUUCAAAUAUGAAUGGUGGCAUUACAAUGGAUGUUGGUAACGUUGGUGUUGGUUAUAUGGUUAAUGGUAAUAACAAAGAUCAUCUUAUUGUACCAUCAUUACAUUAUAAUCAUCAUCAUAAUCAAAAAAAUAAUAAAUCAUCGAAUGAAAUGAGCACCGAAUUAUGAUGCCCACAAUCCAUCAUGGCCAUUUUGGUACAAUGAUCAUCAUCAUAAUUAAAAAAAAAUAAA